AUGUUCAACAAGCAACUAAACUUUCAUCUAUUUGUCUUUCGGUUAUCAGUUGUUGUCGCUCUUUUGGAGUCGCUCUCUUGUGACGAAACAGUAGUUUGCCCUACGGAAAAAGGAGUUAUACUGUAUAAGGAAAAUAUUACGGUGUACAAACUUGUUGGAUCUGAUAUCAUAUUUACUCCAAAUCAGUCGGACAUCAGACUACAUGGUUUAACGUCUGAAAAAUACAGAUGGCACGGACGGAUUACUAAAGCUAACUUUGUUUUGGAGUGGGGGAAGUAUCCAAAGUUGUCAGGCAAAACAAAAUUUUUUUUCAGGACGUUUUACAGACAGCUCCGUUCAUCUACUAUAACAAAGGAAUUCGAUGGUGCGCGCCUACAAUAUACAGCUCGAAUGAAUGACAACACGAACUUUCGUUCUGGAACGGCAACUCUACACGUAGCAGAACUACCCAGUGUUUUGGGAGAAUCAAGCAUUUUGGUAGGUGAAUUGGAAUCUUUUGUCGAGACUUGUUUCAGUGUCACUGGAAGUCCCAAGCCUUUACUGAAAAUUAUCAAAGAAGGCAUGCGAUAUGACAACAUCACCACAGUUUUUCCUAACCUAAGGAAAAGAUGCAUCUACUUUGGCCCUGUACAACUCAGUGAUGCUGGAAACUUUACUGUCACAGCAGAAAAUUGUUUUGGAAAAUCAAACUUCACUUUUCACUUACAAAUUGUGCAAAAACCAUCUCCUAGCGCAACUACGUUUCCGUGUUCAAGAAAUAUCACUCAAUAUACAACGCAACUUCCAACCACCAACGGAAUCCAAACACAAACUCAACAAAUACAUAAUCAAACAAAAGACAUUUCCAUUUCAGCAACGAACACAUUCAUUUUGAGUUACAAUGGAAAAACUGUUGUGUCGAGUAAAUCGAAAAUCAAAGUGUCUGUUAAUUCCACAGUAACGAUGCACUACACUGUGACACAUUUACACGAUAAACUAUUUGUUUGUCACAAUGAGAAGAGAACGGAUCGUGUCUUUGAUCGCUUUCCAUUCUUAAUCAUACCAAACGUACAACAAUCAGACCGUGGAAUAUACGAAAUCAUAGCAAAAACUGGAGAUGUAAAUACGAGAUUGUAUUUUAUUCUUCAGGUAAAGACAUCACUUUCUGCAACAGAUACACCAGGUCUAGGGAUAGAAUCGCUUCCAGCAAAUAGAGUUACCAAGGAAGAAAAUGGCUACACUAGGGGUUUCACAUCAACAAUUGCUACACCGUGUCACAACGCAUCUAAACUAUGCGACACUUCGGAAAAAAUCGAAGUGUUGACUACAGCACUCAUUGUCGUCUCGGUCUGUACUUUUGUCUUUGCUCUACCAGCUGCUUUCCUUGUUUACAAAUACCGUCAACGCUUAAAUUUCUUAAUUUGCAGGCUAGCCAACUUUAGUGAAGGAAAUACUGAACAGAGAAGUCCCACAGAUUCAAACGUUGAAAGCAUCAAACAAAAAAGAAUUUUUGCUAAAAGUAAGAGAACAGUGAGAAUAUCGAAUCUAACAGCUUGCGACGAUGUAAAUGAAGGUUUUCCAGAGGAUUCAGUGCAGCAAGUCACGACGGAGUUAUCUCAUGAUUCACCAUCAGAUAUUGCUUUUCAAGAAAAUUCAGCUUACGUAACAACAGUUCUAUCACAAUGAUGCUCUUUGCCAAUACUGUUUGGUAUUCAGUUGACCUUAUUGUACAACAAACAUCCGGGUAGCUGUAAAGUAGUUGCUAGACAUGCACUGUUUCAGCUUUUGUCAUGUCACGGUCAGUCGUGUGCUACAGACCGGUUUGCUUGCAAGGCUACUAAAUGGCUUGAAGUGUUGCAAUAUGUGGCUAAGCUUUAAAAAGAGAUUUG